UGUCCAGCAAUAAACUCAUCUCAGUUCAUAACAUCGGGGUGGAUCAGUGCAUCGCGACUGUUGCCAGUUCAAGAUCAAAUGUGGAAAUAUAAGUUCAUCUUUAAAGGGUAGAUCGCAAGAUUAAUUACAACGUUUUGACGCCACACUUGAGUGUUGACAAUGGGUCUCAAGGAAGAAUGAAGAAAGCCAGCGGUUUCCCUGGGUUGAGUUGAACGAUUUUGAGAAGCCGGAGGAGUGUGAUUGUGCGGCAGGAAUCAUCGUCAUGAGCGCAGGCAUGCAGAAACCACCAGUUGCCCCCAAACCAAAGAAUGCCCAGCCACAGAGGCCAGGGCCCUCCCCCUCCUCGACCCCCAAAAGAGAUGGCCUUUUUCAGGCUUCCCUCUGUACACCAAAGACGGUUAAACCAGCUCUGGCCCCUAAACCACCAUGCCUACCCAAACCAUUCCUCACCACUUCUGUGGAGUCCAAACCACCAUGCCUACCCAAACCAUGCCUCACCGCCACUAUGGAGUACAAACCUCUUUCCUCAAAGACUGUCCAUCACCAUCAGACUUAUUCUCAGAGACCAUCAGAGAUGUCUACAAGUAUAGGUCUUCUGAAGUCCAGGAAUACAAUACCUGAUUGGGAUAAUAUUAUUCCUAUCUGUCUGUGUAGCCAGAAGAACUGUCUGUGUGUUGGGAACAGUAUCACAACGGACACAGUGAUUAACACAAUUCCUAAAGACUUGAAAACAUUGCAUAACAAUUGCAAAACGGAGGAAUCUAAAAUAAAGCCUGUUCUCAGAUCUCGAUCUGGAGUGAACAAAGGGGUCAACAACAACAAGAGGAAAGCUCUACCAGACAAUUGCGUACAGGUUGUGUUGCUGUCCACCAAUAACCACCUCUUAAACCCGAAACAGAACCUCAACUCAGACAUUGUGACGCCAUCAUCACGCCCUGACAUAAAGCGCCCUCUUCCUCAAAGAACGCAUAGCAAUGAAGCCAACGGUAACGUCGUCACCACCUCCUCUAAUGCCAUUGGUCACGGAGAACAGGAAGAUCCCACCAGCUCCACAGGGAUUGGCAGAGACACUGGCACAUCCAAUCAGAACCCAGCUGCCCCUAGGAAGCCCCUCCCUGUCCCCGUACCACGGAAACCCAGGAAGUCUGUUCUGGUUGGACAGGAAGUCCCAGAGGAGGGGAGGCAAGGGAGGGAAAUGACUGUCAGAAAGGUGUCACUGGAGAGGAAAAGCAGCCCAUCUCUGUCUGUCAACGCACCUGCUACUCAGGCACACAACAUCCCAGAAAGUCCUGCCAGUACAAAUGAUAGCUGGGAGGGUCUCCCAUCCUCCAGGACACCCGGCCCGCCACCUGUUCCUGCUCCCCCGCCCAGAAAGGAAGCCUUUCUUUCUGAACCUGAGAGAGCAGCACUGACCUCCUCUGCCACCUCCUCUCAGCACCUCCUCCCCACCUCCUCCCCUCUGCACCUCCUCCCCACCUCCUCCCCUCUGCACCUCCCUCAGGAUGUAGAGGAGGAAGAGCUGAGAUGGGUGGAUGACGGUGUCUAUGAACUGGAGUGUUCAGUGGACAAGGAAGAGGAGGAGGAAGGGAGGAAUGAAGAGGAGGAGAUCCAUGAUAAGAUUAGUUGUCAUCCUCUCGCAACCAGUCUUUCCAACCAGCUGGAGCUCAGCUCCAACUGCCACUUUCCCCUCACCUUAAUAACCACUGGGAGUUACAAAGAAAACGUGAGUGCUCAAAACAAGAUGGCCGGCUUCCCCAAGAAACUGCAGAGACGCAGCUCCCCAGCAGCGUGGGUACUGAAGAAUGAACUGUCAGAAGAGAGAGAAGUGGAGGAACGAAAGACUUCCGAUAGUGACGAUGAUGGAGGUGCCCUCACCAAGGCCACGAAAGCUAUGAGAAAGCUCCCUGUAACCCCAGGAGAGGAUAAACCAAAAAGGAACAGACUCUUUCAGACGCUGGUGUCUCCUGUAUCCCAUAAGAGGAGCACAGACAACACACAGACAAAGGGCAGCUUGCCAACAGAUGAAACGCUGUCACCGUACAGGCCGUCUCGCUCCAGCCGGGGGAAACAGAAGGCCAAGUCCUUCUCCUCUGCCGACCUGACCCCCUCUGAGGGACAGAAGCGGAACUCUUUCCGGAGGCUUCUUGAUCUGAAACUCUCUGUCAAGAGGCUGCCCAAGCUGCUAGCCAAGGGAGGCCAGUCUCUAGACACCACUGCAGCUGAGGCAGAACAAUAUGCGGAUGAUGUAUUCCAAGACCGUGGCGUCUGUUUCCAGGAACGCCUGGGCAUUCGGGUGGGGGAUGCCCGCAAGUUCUCCUGUCCCCAGCUGGGGGUGAUUGGGGUUGGGGCGGAGCAGAGCGUGGACGGGGAUGAGAUCCACUACCCCGGAGCGGAGCAGGCUGUGGAGUAUGAAAAUGUUCCCUAUUACGAGGCCAUACCUGAGUAUUUUAUCCAGCCUGUUGGACUGGGAUUACGGGGGAGUGAGCUGGGGGUGGGUACACCACCGGACCAGUCGGAGUGCCACAACCACCUGUAUGAUGAUGCCGAUAUCUAUGAGGAACAGGAGCCGUACCAUCCCCUGAAGAGACACAGUGAACACAGCAGCACUGAGGAAUUCUUCUAUGAGGAACAGGAGCCGUACCAUCCCCUGAAGAGACGCAGUGAACAACAACUGAACCAGCACAGCAGCACUGAGAGGAGUUCUAUAGAUGAGGAUGUUGGCCCGCUAGAUGAAGGUCAGUCGGAUGAAGACGUCAUGGUUCAGAGUUCAGAUGAAGAGGAUGAUGAGAGUUCCUCCUCUAGCAAAGGAGAACCUGAGAAGCCUGAGGAGAGCGAGGCUGGCAGUGGUGCCAAGCGGAACAAGAUAGUCCACAUCGCCAGAGAGAUCAUGAGCUCCGAGAAUGUAUUUGUCAACGUCCUGAAGCUUCUCCAUAUCGAUUUCCGUGACGCGGUGGCGAAGGCUUCUCGUCCGAGUGGGAAGCCUAUUAUAGAGGAGGCUAUUCUGAACCAGAUCCUGUACUAUCUGCCCCAGCUCUACGAACUGAACCAGGACCUGCUCAGAGAGCUGGAGGACAGGGUCGCCCAGUGGGAUGAACAUGGUCGUCUAGCUGACAUCUUUGUGAAGAAAGGGCCUUAUCUGAAGAUGUAUUCCACAUACAUCAGAGAGUUUGACAAGAAUGUGGCCCUACUAGACGAGCAUAGCAGGAAGAAUCCAGCCUUCGCUGCAGUGGUGCGGGAAUUUGAGGCUGGUCCUCGCUGUGCCAGUCUGGCUCUGAGGCAUUACCUGCUGAAGCCUGUUCAGAGGAUCCCUCAGUAUCAGAUGCUGCUCACAGACUACCUGAAGAACCUGUCUCCAGACUCGGCAGAUUACAAAGACACACAAGCUGCUCUGGGCAUCGUGAAGGAGGUGGCCAACCAUGCCAAUGACAUCAUGAAACAGGGGGAUAACUUCCAGAAGCUGAUUCAGGUUCAGUGCCGUCUGAACGGACACCAUGAGAUCGUCCUGCCUGGGAGGGUGUUCCUGAAAGAGGGUGUUCUGAUGAAGCUCUCCAGGAAGGUCAUGCAGCCCAGGAUGUUCUUCCUGUUCAACGACACGUUGCUGUACACCACACCUGUUCAAUCUGGCCAGUUCAAACUCAACAACAUGCUGUCUCUGACUGGGAUGAAGGUCAGCAAACCCAGCCAAGAGGCCUUUCAGAAUGAGCUGACCAUUGAGAGUGUGGAACGCUCCUUCAUACUCUCUGGCAGUUCUGCGGUUGAGAGAGAUGAUUGGCUGGAGGCCAUCUCCACAGCGAUCAAUGACUACACCAGGAAGAAGAUUUCCUUCAUCUCCAGCAAGACUCUGGAGGAGACUGGGUCUGAGGACAGUGGCAGUGGGGCCCCUUUGGGUUCUAAAGCCCCUAUCUGGAUCCCAGACCCAAGGGCCACCAUGUGUAUGGUCUGUACCUGUGAGUUCACCCUCACCUGGAGACGACACCACUGCCGAGCCUGUGGAAAGGUGGUGUGCCAGUCCUGCUCCUCCAACAAACACUGUCUGGAGUAUCUGAAGAACCAGCUGGCCAGAGUGUGCGAUCAGUGCUUUAUUGUACUACAGCAGAGAAGUGAAAAGGACCUGUCUGCAACUCUCUCCCCUGGUGGAAAAUCCUCCUUUGCUUUCGCCAGGAAAACGAAGAAGAUCCCUGCUGCCCUCAAGGAGGUGACAGCGAACACAGACAACUCGUCUAUGAGUGGUUACCUGCAGAGGUCAAAGGGCAAUAAGAAGCAGGGGAAGAGGCUUUGGUUCGUCAUCAAGAACAAAGUUCUGUAUACGUACGCUGCCAGUGAGGACGUGGCAGCGUUAGAGAGCCAGCCAUUGCUGGGCUUCAUGUUGAAAGAGGAGGAAGAAGGGGCAGUUCAGAAGCAACAGUUCAAGCUCUAUCACAAAAACACGCUGCAUUACAUUUUCAAGGCAGACGACUGCCAAACUGCCCAAAGGUGGAUAGAUGCGUUCAAGGAAGCUAUGGUGCUCUAACCAUCAUUCUCUGUACCUGCAGUCGAUGAACUGUACCUAAAGCAGUGACGUUACGAAGGUGUGGCCGUGUCACUGUAUGAUGAUGUGAAUAUUGGAAUUGUAUUGUAAUACAAUUCAUUAUGUCUCUACUGAAAACCAAUAAGAGCACAGUGGAGGCAUUCAUUGCUGAUGCAAGCAUAAUACCUAUAUCCCCAAAUGAAGGAUUUUUUAAAUUGUUGAUAUGAAGCAGAUUUUUGGGUGGGAUUAUGACUCAUAGAACACAGGUGGGUCGUUCCAUCAUUUAGGUGCCUUUUUGAGCAGUCUAACGUGGUGAAACAAAACGGUAGAUUUCACCUCAUUUUAACAUUUUAUCAUGAAGAGCUUCAACAUGUUCAACAUGAAGAGCACAUGUUCAACAUGAAGAGCACAUGUUCAACAUGAAGAGCACAUGUUCAACAUGAAGAGCACAUGUUCAACAUGAAGAGCACAUGUUCAACAUGAAGAGCACAUGUUCAACAUGAAGAGCACAUGUUCAACAUGAAGAGCACAUGUUCAACAUGUUCAACAUGAAGAGCACAUGUUCAACAUGAAGAGCACAUGUUCAACAUGAAGAGCACAUGUUCAACAUGAAGAGCUUCAACAUGUUCAACAUGAAGAGCACAUGUUCAACAUGAAGAGCACAUGUUCAACAUGAAGAGCACAUGUUCAACAUGAAGAGCACAUGUUCAACAUGAAGAGCACAUGUUCAACAUGAAGAGCACAUGUUCAACAUGAAGAGCUUCAACAUGUUCAACAUGAAGAGCACAUGUUCAACAUGAAGGGCACAUGUUCAACAUGAAGAGCACAUGUUCAACAUGAAGAGCUUCAAUAUGUUCAACAUGAAGAGCACAUGUUCAACAUGAAGAGCACAUGUUCAACAUGAAGAGCUUCAACAUGUUCAACAUGAAGAGCACAUGUUCAACAUGAAGAGCACAUGUUCAACAUGAAGAGCACAUGUUCAACAUGAAGAGCUUCAACAUGUUCAACAUGAAGAGCACAUGUUCAACAUGAAGAGCACAUGUUCAACAUGAAGAGCUUCAACAUGUUCAACAUGAAGAGCACAUGUUCAACAUGAAGAGCUUCAACAUGUUCAACAUGAAGAGCACAUGUUCAACAUGAAGAGCACAUGUUCAACAUGAAGAGCUUCAACAUGUUCAACAUGAAGAGCACAUGUUCAACAUGAAGAGCACAUGUUCAACAUGAAGAGCACAUGUUCAACAUGAAGAGCACAUGUUCAACUUCAUAAAAAAAAAAGAAAACAUUUUCCAUCUAAAAAAAUAUACUAUAGUAUAAGUGCAAAAUAAAGUAACAGGGUUGGCGAUUUCAUCUUUAAACAGUCAUAAAUCCCCUUGUGACAGGAGGAAUGGAAGUUUGUUGUGUGCCACAGGGAUGAGCAAUUCAAAGUAAACUUCAGAUUGUUGUUUUAUUUUACUGUUAAAACAUUUCUGUCCAUCUAUGUGUAACAGGGUUGACAUGUUAUGUUUGACCCACUCACUUUUCCAAUUAAAACCCCCCAGAAAAUGGCCAAGAUUAGUAGAACCAGUUUACCUGCUUAUACACUAUAGUUUGAAUAUUAGAUAUUUAUUUUGCAGAAUAAAAAAAUAAAAAAAUUAAGGAAUAGUUUCACCAUAUUAAAAUGAGAGUUCAGCUCACAUAACAGGGUUGACAAAAUGAGGGACAGACGUAAAUUAAUCACUAAUCACAUUAAAAUAAAUACAUUUUCAGAAAUUCAUUUGUCAAAGUAACAAAAUAACUAGAGCUUGACAAUGAUGGUGAAAUCUUGGAUAAAUGCUGGGAUUAAAGUGUGUUAAAAUCUUCAUAGUUGGUCCAAGGAGGGAUGUCAAAAUUCUGCAUAUUUGCACUUUAGCGUUUUAUUAAAUUAUCCAUGUGCUAUAUAUUAAAGGGCACUUCAAUUUUUUAUUUAUUUAACUAAGCAAGGCACUUAAGAACAAAUUCUUAUUUACAAUGACGGCCUACCCUGGCCAAACCCUAGCCGGGACAAUGCUGGGCCAAUUGUGUGCCGCCCUAUGGAACUCCCAAUCACUUCUGGUUGUGAUACAGCUUGGAAUCGAACCAGGGUCUGUCGUGACGCCUCUAGCACUGAGAUGCAGUGCCUUAGACCGCUGCGCUACUCGGGAGCCCAAAUGAAUAUAACAGGCUUUUAAAAUGCAAUAUUUGGCCGUAAUUUCUACUUAAAAUGUCAGAGACGCAAAAGGCACUUAUUUUGUGGAACAACCCAGGUUGUAAAGUGCUUAUAGAUGGUUGAAGACCAUAUUUGGCCGUAUUUUACCAAUUCAAAUGCCGUCAGCCCUGGAGGCUUGCACAUAAGAGCUGUAGAGUUUUGUUACCGACGUGUCAGUCUCAUUACUGGUGACAUCCUCCUUUUAUAGUAUUUACCAUUUAGGUUGAUUGAAUAUCUUAUUUUAAUGCGUUAUGCAGAACAGUCAAAUAAAUGUGUGGUUUUAUCACAGGACUUGUUCUAUGGAAUGUUGUUGAUUCAUAAGACCUCUUUUCAUCACGCCAUUGCAGUUAUGUCAUCAAGGGGGGACACACACACAACGUGAGCAUAAUUCACACCAUUACAGCUUUAUCUCAGACACUGCAUUGAGUAGUACAGACAUGUCUGUUUGUUUACUGCACCUGAAAAACAUUAAUGCAUUUGUGUGUGUGGGGGGAGUUGAAGGGGAUUCACUCAUGAACACAUGGGCCUUUGCACUUGUUCUGUGGGAAUGAAUAAAUCAAAUCCCAACA